AUCAGUCCAUAAAUAAUAGUAAUGAUAAUAAUAUAUAGGGAAGUCAGCAAUAAAAGUGCGCUAAUCAAGCGAAGCACCUUCCUAUAAAUAAUCGUCCCUAACCACAGCAUUACCAAGUUGAGAAACCAACAAGAGAAGUUUUCUUGAUGGAUUCCAAGAAGUCUAACAAGAUCACAGAUAUCGUUAGGCUUCAACAAAUCCUCAAGAAAUGGAAGAAGGUGGCCAAUGCUUCCAAGAACAACUCCUUUUCUGUUGCUACUUCUUCAUCUCCUUCGUCUUCUUCUUCUGCAAGCAAUAACAGUAGCAGUAGUAGUAACGGUGGAAGCAAAGGCAUAAAGUUCUUGAAGAGAACUCUGUCCUUCACAGAUAUUUCUGCUUCAAAUGAGACUGUCCCAAAAGGGUUUCUUGCUGUUUCUGUGGGAAAAGAGCUCAAGAGAUUCAUCAUCCCAACAGAGUAUUUGAGACACCAAGCUUUUGAGAUGUUGCUGAGAGAGGCAGAAGAGGAGUUUGGUUUCCAACAAGAGGGAGUGCUCAAGAUUCCUUGCCAAGUAUCAAUGUUUGAGGAAGUAUUGAAGGUUGUGCAAGGGAAAAAAGAAGCACUUUUGCCCCAAGAUAAGGACAAGAUGAUUACUUGUUAUAUUUCGGAUUGUGAUGCUACCACAUCCCCUCAUCAAGCUCAAAUGUGUAGAUGAAACGUGUCUUUUUUUUUUGGUGGCUUCGAGGUCUCUUGUAACCCUUCGAUAAUUUCUUUUUGGUUUGUGAUAGGUUGUGCAUUAGAAAAGGAAAGCUUCGAUUUUGGAUGUAGAAUAAAGCUUAGUUACCUUCUCUUUUGCUUCAAAUACUAGCAG